UACGGGCCUUCUUUUCAGUUACUUUCCGCUCAUACGGCUCUAUUAUCUUUCUAAAUCUGGACCGUCCAUCUUAUUGGCUCAGAUUCGGGGGUAAAUCGUACUCGUUGAUAGUAUUUGCUUUGUGUAGGGUGAAGCCGGUGGCAAAGGAGGGAAGGAAGGUGUUGCGAAAGGUGAAUUGGAUUUGGAGGCAGAGAUCUCUCUCUGUCUCUUUCUGAGGAAACAGAGACUCGUAGAUCUCUUUCUCUGAUCAUCAAUGGGUUUGUGGGAAGCCUUUCUCAAUUGGCUCCGAAGCCUCUUUUUUAAGCAGGAAAUGGAGCUAUCUUUGAUAGGACUUCAGAAUGCUGGAAAGACUUCACUUGUAAAUGUUAUUGCAACUGGUGGAUAUAGUGAAGACAUGAUCCCAACGGUUGGAUUCAAUAUGAGGAAGGUAACGAAAGGGAAUGUCACCAUAAAGUUAUGGGAUCUUGGAGGUCAACCUAGGUUCCGCAGUAUGUGGGAGCGAUACUGUCGUGCAGUUUCUGCUAUAGUUUAUGUUGUUGAUGCUGCGGAUCCCGACAAUGUGGAUAUCUCAAAAAGCGAGCUGCAUGAUUUGCUGAGCAAACCUUCACUGAGUGGUAUCCCACUGCUAGUGUUAGGGAACAAGAUUGACAGGCCAGGAGCUCUGUCUUUACCGGCUUUGACUGAUCAAAUGGGACUCAAGUCAAUUACUGACAGAGAAGUUUGUUGCUACAUGAUCUCAUGCAAGAACUCCACAAACAUUGAUUCUGUUAUUGAUUGGCUACAAAUCCAGAAACACAACCGCAAACUGAAGCGCCUUGCCCAACCAUCCCAGGCUCCACCACUCUCCGGGUCCCAGAAUCCGGCCCUCUCGGAAGAGUCUCACUUCCAGACCAUCAAGCAAGAGUACAAGCAGUUCACCAAGGUGGUAGAGGGUGUGAAGAAUAGUGCUUUGAUGGUGGGGAAGCCAUGGGAGAGGCUGGAGAGAGCUGAGCUCAGAGAGAUUGCGAGUGAGAGUAGGGAGUACAGUGGAGAGAAGCUCAAGAGGGAGAAACUGAGGGAACUGGGGGAAAUGUUUGAGGAGCGAAAGCGCGAGGCUUUGCAGUGGGUUUUGGACGAUGAUGUGCUCGUGAAGGAAGAGUGGUUGGAUGGUGAAAAGACCAAUUGGGACCCGGCAAAGCGGCGGCGCAGCGAGGCCGAGGUGGUUCGGUUUCUUGUUGAUAGGCUAAGUGCUCGGGAGAUUUCUAAGAGGGACUGGAAGUUUACGAGGAUGAUGAAACAGUCGGGAUUGCAGUUCACUGAGGUUCAGUUGCUUAAGAUUGUCGGAGGGCUUGGGGAUAAGAGACAGUGGAAGCAAGCCUUGUCUGUUGUGGAAUGGGUGUACAAUGAUAAGGAACAAAGACGUUAUAAGAGCAGGUUUGUUUACACGAAACUCUUGGCAGUCCUUGGAAAGGCUCGGAGGCCCCAGGAAGCAAUUUCCAUUUUCAAUCUGAUGCGUGGAGAUUUCUAUUUAUAUCCAGAUAUGGCUGCAUAUCACAGCAUUGCCGUUACGCUUGGUCAAGCUGGUCUUGUGAAAGAACUGAUAAGCACUAUGGAAUGCAUGAGACAGAAACCUUCUAAAAGAAUAAAAAAUGCACGGAAGAACUGGGACCCAAGCCUUGAACCUGAUAUGGUUAUAUAUAAUGCAGUCUUGAAUGCUUGUGUUUCAUCACACCAGUGGAAGGGCGUAUCUUGGGUAUUUGAGCAGUUGAGAACGAGUGGUCUGAAACCUAAUGGAGCAACCUAUGGACUUGCAAUGGAGGUAAUGCUGAAAUCUGGAAAGUAUGACCUUGUCCAUGAGUACUUCAGGAAGAUGAAGAAAAGUGGGGAAGCUCCAAAAGCUCUUACUUACCGAGUUCUUGUUAGAGCUUUUUGGGAGGAAGGUAAAGUUAAUGAAGCUGUGGAAGUAGUCAGGGAUAUGGAAAAAAGGGGAAUUGUUGGAACAGCCAGUGUAUAUUAUGAGCUAGCAUGCUGCCUUUGCAACAAUGGGAGGUGGCAAGAUGCUACGGGAGAGGUUGAUAAGAUGAAAAGACUAUCUCAUGCUAAACCUUUGGAGGUUACCUUUACCGGCAUGAUAAUGUCUUCCAUGGACGGUGGGCAUAUUGCUGAUUGCAUAUCUAUCUUUGAACACAUGAAAGCCCUUUGUGUGCCUAACACUGGGACCAUAAAUACCAUGCUGAAAGUUUACGGCCGGAGUGACAUGUUUUCUAAAGCUAAAGAGUUGUUUGAAGAUGUUAAGAGACCUAAUUCCGAUUCUUACACUUCCCAAAAUGGUGGUGGUAUUGCACUUAUCCCAGAUGAGUACACAUUUAGCUCAAUGCUUGAAGCAUCGGCUAGUGCACUGCAAUGGGAAUACUUUGAGUAUGUGUAUCGGGAGAUGGCUCUCUCUGGGUACCAGCUGGAUCAAAGUAAACAUGCAUCACUACUUGUGGAAGCAUCAAAAGCUGGGAAGUGGUAUCUGCUUGAGCAUGCGUUUGACACUAUUUUGGAAGCUGGAGAAGUUCCUCAUCCUUUGUUCUUCAGCGAAAUGGUUGUUCAAGCUACAGCUCAACAUAGUUAUGAGAGAGCCGUCACCUUUGUCAACACCAUGGCUCUUGCCCCAUUUCAAGUCAGUGAAAGACAGUGGACAGACCUUUUUUCGAGUAACAGAGACAGGAUUAGUAAGGAUAAUUUGGUUAAACUGUUGGACGCUCUUGGUAAUUGUGAGGUAGCAUCGGAGGCCACUGUCUUAAACUUGUUAAGAUCAUUGCACUGUCUCUGUGGUUCUGGUGCAUCAGGAGCCGUCUCAAGUUCCAUUUUAUCGAGUAGUGGAACCUCAGAGAAACCAUCCUUGGAUGGUUGUAACAGGGGAUUUGAUGGUUAUACUACAGCCAAUAUGCCAAACUAUUCUGGAAAUAUCAUGGAUGGAGACCCUAACAUUGGCGGGGACCCUCUUGUUAAAGAUAGUGAUGUCAAAUUAGAUAUACUAUCGGUUAAUCAUGCUAGCACCGAUGCUGAUUCAGAGACAAUUUCUAGCUCACCAAAUCAAGGUUUCACCACAGGAAAGGGAUUUGCCGAUGAUAAUGUAGAAUCUGGUACGGAUCAUCUGGCUAACAAGCUCGCAACUUUUGUAUUAAAUGGAAACUCAAAUAAUCUUGAUGAGAUGGAAAUUGAAAUGCCGAUGAAUGGAGUGGAUUCUCCCGGAUGUGAGAUUCCCACGGCACAUGAAAUACUUGAAACUUGGAAGGAAAACAGGAAGAAGGAUGGGAUACUCUUCCCCUUUCAAUUUGGCCGGAGAUAAAUGCAAGUUCUCUUUUCAGCUUUUUAUCAUAACUUUGUUAUGAUAGGAGCUAUCAUAACUUUGUUAACAGGUCAAUUCAGCUGAUUUUUUGUUCAUAGGUUUGUAUACUUUUAUUUAUUAUCAGGACAAGUUAGAAACCAUCAGCUAUGGUUUGUAAAAUGUAGUAGAAAGCUGUAUCUUAAGAUAAUGUUCAAAUUUCUAGAAAGAAACAAUUCCAUGUA